CUCGGAAUCACAGAACAAUAAUAACUAAAAAUGCUAAAGCAAAUCAAUGGCCUUUAUCUGUGCAGACGCAAUCUCUGGGUGGCUUGUGGUGGCUUGCGGGGCAAGGAUAGCAAAAAAGGCAAAGAGAAUGAGAAGUUCCGUAUGGAGAAGGAUACUUUUGGGGAGCUCAAAGUUCCGGAGGACAAACUUUAUGGAGCACAAACGAUGCGUUCCAAGUUGAAUUUUCCAAUUGGCGACAUAGCAGAGCGCAUGCCGAUGCCGGUCAUCCAGGCCAUGGGUAUACUGAAAAAGGCCUGCGCCGAGGUCAACAAGGACUACGGCUUGGAUAGCAAGAUCUCCGAUGCAGUGUCCUGCGCUUGCGAUGAUGUCAUAUCUGGCAAGUUCUAUAAACAAGGUCACUUCCCGCUGGUCAUAUGGCAAACUGGAUCUGGCACGCAGUCCAAUAUGAACACCAACGAAGUGAUCAGCAAUGCAGCUAUAAAGAUGUUGGGUGGCGAACUGGGCAGUAAGAAGCCGGUACAUCCGAAUGACCAUGUGAACAAGUCGCAGAGCUCCAAUGAUACCUUCCCCACCGCCAUCCACAUCUCAGUGGGCAUGGAGCUAAACGAGAGACUUCUUCCAUCGGUGACCCACCUAAGGGAUGCUCUUAAAUCCAAGUCGGAUGAGUUCAAGGACAUCAUUAAGAUUGGCCGCACCCAUAUGAUGGACGCAGUUCCCUUGACUUUGGGUCAAGAAUUUAGUGGCUAUACGCAGCAAUUGACGUAUGGCCUGGACAGGAUUAAGUGUUGUUUGCCGAGGGUGUAUGAACUGGCCUUGGGUGGCACUGCCGUGGGAACUGGACUGAAUACGCAUAAGGGAUUUGCCGAGAAGGUGGCCAAGCGGAUUGCCGAGCUGACCUGCCUGCCUUUCGUUUCAGCGCCCAAUAAAUUUGAGGCUCUGGCUGCCCGAGAUACCAUGGUGGAGGUCCAUGGUAUCCUCAAUACGAUUGCCGUGAGCCUUAUGAAGAUCGCUAAUGAUAUUCGAUUAUUGGGAUCGGGUCCACGCUGCGGUUUGGGUGAGCUAAUGCUGCCGGAGAACGAACCUGGUAGCUCCAUCAUGCCCGGCAAGGUGAAUCCUACGCAAUGCGAGUCAAUGACCAUGCUAUGUGCACAGGUAAUGGGCAAUCAGGUGGCAGUAUCUAUCGGUGGCUCCAAUGGGCAUUUCGAACUCAAUGUAUUCAAGCCAUUAAUAGUAUCCAAUGUACUGCGGUCCAUACGGCUAUUAUCCGAUGGAAGCAUGACUUUCAGUAAGAACUGCGUGGAGGGGAUGAAGGCCAAUAAGGAUAGGAUCGACAAGAUCAUGAAUGAGUCCCUGAUGCUGGUCACCGCCUUGAAUCCGCACAUCGGCUAUGAUAAGGCCGCCCAGAUUGCGAAGACGGCUCACAAGAACAAGACAACCCUGAAGGAGGAGGCUCUAAAAACAGGCAUCACUGAGGAUCAAUUCAAGGAGUGGGUCAACCCCAAGGAGAUGCUCGGACCAAAGUGAUCCGCUUUUAAGUUACUAUCAAUGUGCUAAUUAGCUGUAAUUAAAUUGUAUUGUAUAGAGUUAUUAUGGUAUAUUUUGAUGUAAAAUUUUACAAAAGAUUGUGAAUAUAAUUUUAUUAUAAGAUAUAAACGAUUAUACAAGUUUAUAAUCA